AUCGCAUAAGGAGGGUUUUUUUUUUAUCCGGCAGAAGGAGAUUCUUUAUCCCCAUUUGUGCCGUGCGUAUUUAGAAAAGAAACUCCUGAAUCCCAACCGUCCAAAAAGACCAAUCAGGAUCCAACGGCUGAGAUCAGCUCAUUCACAGCAAUAGUCAAUUCACACUCGGAAAACCCUAGUGGCGAGCGGAGGUCCUGCUCACACGUAUAAAAACCGUCGUCGUCGUCUUCGUCUUCUUCUCUCUCUCCUCGCCCUGUAGAUUCCAAGGGAAAAAAAAGUGUUGAGAAACCCUAGAGAAAGAGAAACCGAAAGCCAUGUCGGACGAAGAGCAUCACUUCGAGUCCAAGGCCGACGCCGGUGCCUCCAAGACCUUCCCCCAGCAAGCCGGUACCAUCCGUAAGAACGGUUACAUUGUCAUCAAAGGCCGCCCCUGCAAGGUUGUUGAGGUUUCGACCUCAAAGACUGGCAAGCAUGGGCAUGCGAAGUGUCACUUUGUGGCUAUUGACAUAUUCAAUGGCAAGAAGCUCGAAGAUAUCGUCCCAUCAUCCCAUAACUGUGAUGUUCCUCAUGUUAACCGUACUGAUUAUCAGCUGAUUGAUAUAUCUGAAGAUGGUUUCGUGAGUCUUUUGACUGAGAAUGGCAACACCAAGGAUGACUUGAGGCUUCCCACUGAUGAUAGUCUGCUCAGCCAGAUUAAGGAUGGGUUUGGAGAAGGGAAAGACCUCGUUGUGUCUGUUAUGUCGGCUAUGGGGGAAGAACAGAUCUGUGCCCUCAAGGACAUUGGCCCCAAGUAGUAAAAUUAUUGGGUUCUCUUUGUGUGACGUCUGCUCAUGGCAUGCACGGGAUACUCAAUUGUGUUGGAAUGGUACCAGAAUUUGCAUAGUUGAAAGUUACUACAUGGGUAUGACCUCCAUGAUCUCCAUUAUGGUUCGAUGGAUUUGGACAAUAUGUAGUAUUAUAUUGUGUCCUGAGUUUUUUCUGUUUCUAUUUCGAUGUGGGAUGUUACUGAGACUGGUUUCAUUUUGGCUUUCUGUGUUUUCUCAAGCCAAGGGUAGCUUUACUCAUCACCUUUUCUGUGCACCUGAAGUCAAUUUAGAUAAGAUCUUAAGCUCUAAGCUUCUAUGA